ACAGGACUUAACGCGGCAUCAUCGCGCUGUUUCCGGUUUCUGGCUGGUGUUUCCCCAUUGCAAACUAUUGGAAAAACCGCAGAUCCCGAUGGCAUGGACACUUACGCAAGGUCUGCCGCUCUGCCGUGCUACUGGAGCCUAUUUACAGUCUCCUACUCCAGCUCAGCUCCAUCAUCAUCGCCCAACAGCCCCGAGAGCACUGCAGCAACGCGACCAGCGACUACGGAGCCAAGGCAGGCGGCAUGAGGCUUGAGUCGGUUCAUUUGUCCAUGCUGGUCAUCGGGGUCUCCUUCGCCUGCUACUCCCCGAGUUUAAAUUCCCUGCAGGACCAAGCUUACAUAUCAGCGGUGGUUAUUGAAGGCAAGGUGCAGUCUGUCCCCGUGAAUGUCUCAGCGGAGCCGUACAGUGUGAAUGUCAAAGUCCUGGAUGUGUGGCCGCGGAACAGCGGGGGGCUAGAGCGGGAGCAGCUCGUUACCGUCGGGGAAUUCGGCUCGGAGGCUCCAUGCACCAAAGUAAAAAAGAACCACAAAUACAUAUUUUUCAUGGACCCAACGGACGAGCCCUUGGUUUUCAAGGCAUCGUUCGCUCCCCUAGACACCAGUGGGAAGAAUCUUAAGAAAGAUGUUGGGAGGGUGUUGUGCGAGGACUGCGCCGCUGCCCCAAAGCUGAAACGACUGAAGAACCAGCUGGUGGACGAGGGGAACAGGCUGACUCUGAAGUGCGAGGCGUCCGGGAACCCCAGCCCCACCUACAGGUGGUACAAAGAUGGCAGUGAGCUCAAAAAGAGCAAAGACAUCAAGAUUAAGUCCAGCAAGAAAAACUCUCGGGUCCAGAUUAACAGAGUGAGACUGGAGCAUUCUGGGAAUUACACAUGCGUAGCGGAGAAUCUGCUGGGGAAAGAAAACUCCACGAGCACCAUUAACGUCCAAAGCAUAACCACCACCCUGUCUCCGGGCUCUGGCCACGCCAGAAGAUGCAACGAGUCGGAGAAGAACUACUGCGUGAACGGCGGUGACUGUUACUUCAUACACGGUAUAAAUCAGCUGUCCUGCAAAUGUCCUGCUGAGUACUAUGGGCCCCGGUGCAGGCAAACAGGGCCUCUGCGGUUAUACAUGCCCAAUCCUUAUAAAACGCACCUUGGAAUUGGAUUUAUGGAGGCGGAGGAGCUCUACCAGAGGAGGGUUCUGACAAUCACGGGCAUCUGCGUGGCACUGCUGGUGGUGGGCAUCGUGUGCGUGGUGGCCUACUGCAAGACCAAGAAACAGAGGAAGAAAAUGCACAGCCACCUGCGUCAGAACAUGUGUGCUGAUCACCCCACUCGAACCCUGGCCAACGGACCCAACCACCCGGGACCGGGCCCGGAGGAGAUCCCUAUGCUGUCUCCGUUGCAGUACAUCUCGAAGAACGUCCCGGCCACCGAGCGAGUCAUCAGGCACACAGCAGAGACCUCCUUUCCCGGCAGUCGAGCAUCCUCCAGAUCCCACCAUUCGUCAACCCCUGCCCACUCAUCCAAUCACAGACACGAGGGCCGCACGUGGAGCCUGGACCGGACGGGCAGCGGCGGGCUGUCAGACUCGCGCUCGUGUGCGCGGUCCUCGUCCUCGGUGGGGACCAGUAAAUGCAACAGUCCUGCGUGCGUGGAGGCGCGAGCCAGGCGUGCGGCACACUGCGGCGUUACUGAGCCCCACCGCCCCGCCCCGCCCUACAGGGACUCCUUCGACUCGCUGGGGGACUCUCCGUGCAGCGAAAGGUAUGUGUCUGCGCUGACGACGCCUGCCCGCCUGUCGCCCGUGGACUUCCACUACUCACUGCCCGCACAGGUGCCUACCUUCCAGAUCACGUCUCCCAACGCCAGCCACGCCAUGUCCCUGCCUCCGGCCGCCCACGCCCCCUACCGCCCGGAGGACGACCAGCCGCUGCUGCGGCGCUACCAGGUGCCGCUGCAGGACGCGCAGGUGUACCGGCAGCAGCGGCGGCGCGCCUACCUGAGCGACAGCACCGGCAGCCUGCCCUGCAGCCCCUACCGGCUGCCGGACGACGAGGCCUACGAGACCACGCAGGAGUGCCUCUCCUCGCUGGAGCAACCAAAGAGAAGCGCGUGCGGCGGCGGCCGGCGCUGGCGGCGGUCCCGGCUGGACGGGCGGUCCUCGCCCCGGGCGGGCGAGGGGCGGGGCUGCGGCCUGCGGGGCUACCUGUCGGACAGCGAGUCGGAGGAGGAGGACGAGGAGGAGGAGGGGGAGAGCACGCCCUUCCUCAGUAUGCAGAACAUGAGCGCCGAGCCCGUCACCGUGUGCCGGCCGGCCAACAGUCGGACGUACCAGCCGCCGGGUCGGCACGCCGCACGCGGGAACUCUCAGACCCGAGCCGCACACUCACGGUCCAAACACGACGCCGUGCCCCGCUGAGACAAUCCC